AUUUAUACACUUCCUCACAUUAUUCAUCCUCUCUCGUUUUCUUUGUUUUCGGUUUCCUUUCUUUCUGUGUUCAUAUAAUCAAACGAAAGAAGAAAGUGAUGGAAUUCGAAUUUGAUGAUCAAGAACGGUUCUGUGCGACUCCUAAGCUUCCUCUAUUCUCUAUUCCACUUACCAGAGCAUGUGAGACUCCUGGCCUAGCCACACCGCCUGUGAACAUCGCCGGAUCGGUUCCGUUUCUUUGGGAGGAAGCUCCCGGAAAGCCUCGCGUCUCCGAUGAGAACAAACCGCCGGCUUCUAAGCAGAACGUCGGAGGAGGAGGAGGAGGAGUCGUAAGGUGUCUUGAGCUUCCGCCGAGGCUGUUUUUUCCAGCUGAGAAUGAGCCAUCUCCGACCACAGUUCUCCAUGGUCCUUACGAUAUACCUCGCCGGUCUUUAUCGGUGAUAAAGAGAAGCGAAAGAGACUCUGAGGGCAGACUGGACUUUUCACGUUCCACGAAUGGGCGUUGCUGCGAUGGCGACGGCGGCGGCACGACGGUGAAGAUCAGUAGGGUUAAAAGAAAAGGAAGUCUCUUGAAUCUUUCUCAGUCCAAAUCGCAAUUCUUGGCAAGAGUUUACCAAGGAUUUAAGCAAGUACUGAUUCCAUGGAGGCGUAAUAGAGAAGAGAAUCUACCAAGGAUGAGUUCUUCCAAUAUUUAAGCUGAAUCUCUUCGAUUUUUUUUUUUUUUUUAAUUAAUUCUCUAGUUAAACUAUGAAUUAAUUAAUAUCCCUCUGUAUAUGUACCACAUAAUUAAUUUAACAGACAUGAUAAUAUAAUUAAUUACUACAGUUUCGCUUUUCACCAA